AUUAAUUUACUUGCAAGCAAUUGCAAUGCCCCGAGCCCGCAGUCGAUUCCAGUUAAAGGGCCGUUGCAGUGCCUAAUUGGCGACGCUGGAGGGCGGAUUGGAAGCGAAUCAUUGCCGCUAACCUUCACUCUGUCCACUCAUUUGCUCCGCGUCCCGCGAUGAUCUUCCACGGAUUUCUAAAGGAGCUCACGCGCAUUCCACGACCCUCCCGACCGGCCGUCACACAACUGAGAAGGCUUUCUGGAGAGGAUGGAGGGAGACCUCUGGAUGGCAUCCGAGUCCUUGAUCUCAGCAGGGUGCUGGCCGGCCCCUUUGCCACCAUGAUCCUGGGCGACCUCGGGGCAGAGGUCAUCAAGGUGGAACGUCCAGGUCUGGGGGACGAGACGCGGAGGUGGGGGCCCCCGUUUGCCAACACGGAGAGCGUCUACUUCCUGAGCGUCAAUCGCAACAAGAAGAGCGUGGCCAUCAACCUGAAGCAUCCCAAGGGAGUGACGGUGGUCAAGGAGUUGGCGCGGGUGAGCGACGUGCUGGUGGAGAACUACGUUCCCGGGAAACUCUCCAAGCUGGGGCUGGGAUACGAGCAGCUGCGGGAGGACGCGCCUCGUCUGAUCUACUGUUCCAUAACAGGAUACGGGCAAACGGGACCGUACGUGCAGCGAGGUGGCAUCGAUACCGUGGCAGCAGCCGUGUCUGGAUUCCUACACAUAUCGGGGCCUGAGGGCGGCGACCCCGUGCGUCCCGGCGUGGCGAUGACCGACCUGGCGACGGGGCUGUUCGCUCACGGAUCCAUCAUGGCCGCCUUGCUGCAGAGGGCCCGCACUGGGAGGGGCCAGCACCUGGACUGUAACCUCCUCUCGUCCCAGGUCGCCUGCCUCUCCCACGUCGCCGCCAAUUUUCUCACGGCCGGAGCGGAGGCCACUCGCUGGGGCACUGCGCACAAGAGCAUCGUGCCCUACCAGGCUUUCAAAACACAAGACGGCUACCUGGUGAUCGGCGCCACCAACAACGACCACUUUGUUGCCACGUGCGAGUUCCGUAUGUCCCGCUGGGCAUCUCUGAAAAAAGAGCUUCAUAGCUCAUCGGAUUCCUGCAGUCUCAAUUACGAUUCCCACUUUAUUCCACGUGGACCGUUCGCGGUACGAAGCAACCCGAUUUCAACGCCCACCCCAGUUCGCGACUCACAGGUGAUGUCGCUGCCCGAGGUGGCGCGGGACGCGAGGUUCGCCACCAACGAGCUGCGCGUGCGGCACAGGAAGGAGCUCGUCGCCACGCUGGCUGACAGGUUCGCCGAGAAGACGACCGCGCAGUGGAUGGCGCUGUUUGAGGGCUGCCCCGUGCCCUACGGACCAAUCAACAGCAUGCGCCAGGUGUUCUCCGACCCCCAGGUUUUACACAAUGGGUUAAUUCAGCACAUGGAUCAUCCGACUGCCGGCCACAUAGCGGUGCCAGGGCCCCCCGUGCGGUACGGGGACCACGAGGAGGGGUACCCCGCGGUGCCGCCCCCGCUGCUGGGGGAACACACGGGGGAGGUGCUCACGCGGCUGCUGGGCUACAGCGACGCCGCCGUCGCCGAGCUGAGCCGCGACGGCGCCGUGUCCCUGUGAGGAGCCCCCCCACCCACCCCCCCACGUGGCCCGCCUUCGUCGUCGGCCAACGACCCGUCCACUGCUGGAAGCGAGCCCCCGACGUCCGCCCGUUGUCUCGCGAUGCGGCGGACCGCACGAUCCUCCGUCAACGCCACGAGCUCGCGUCGCGAGCCCCGUCAACGCCACGCCUGCUCAUGUUCUGGAUGAUGCUGUUGAUGGUGCCACCAUCAGUGCGAUGGUUGAGUCCCGAGGGAGGUGUUUAUUCAGCGAACCCCGUCAACGCCACGAGCUCGCGUCGCGUCUCGCUCCGGCGGUUGACCUCUCGCGCGUCGUGGAUUCACGAGGAGCUGUCCAUGAACGUUGCCGUUUUAUUCGCGUAAUGAUGUCGUUCUGGUGGUGGUGGUGGUGUUAAUGGCCGUGGCGCCGAUAGUUUAUCACAAUCAGAUGACAAAUCAAGAGUGACCUUAUGUAACCAGCAGGCUCGCAAUGACGAGCGCUGGGGAAUCACUUCACUGUAAAUUGAGAUAAUUGCCAGUGACAUCUCCCCUGGGCUCAGAGCACCUCUCAUCUCACCACCCCCCCCCUACCCGCUCGCCCACCGCACCGCCCCAGGGAGACAGAUCCGGCAAUGAUGACCAGUGAGCUCCCUCGGCGAGGCGGAGAGAGCGGCGACCGUCACUAAAUAAUGGCAAUGAAUAGCGACGUUUAUUGCGGUCGUUAUCCGGACCAUCCGUUGGUCGCGCUGGCUCGCGUCGACGUGGAGCAACGGCCGUGGUUGUAAUAAUUGGACGUUGAGGUGGUUGAACCAGAUAGCUUGCGUCAGGAGCAGCGGAGUGGCCCUUUUACAACUUGCGUGUGACGACAAAUUGUUCAGGAUCUAAAUGCCAAUGUCGAGGUGUGCUCGCCACGAGAGCGCUUCAGGAGAGAGUUCGCGUCGUUGUGCGAUUCCUCCUGCAUUGAAGGAGCACAGGCUACAGUGGGGUUACGACAUGGCCCCUGGUUUGGGUUGCGUGGCCUACAAUCGCACAACUGUGUCUUGUGCCUUUAGUUUCUCAUUCAUGACGCAGAUGUGUGACGAUCGGCCUGCUCGUGUUCUGGAUGAUGCUGCUGAUGGUGCCACCAACAGUGUCUUCGAGGAGGAUGUCGGAGUGAGGAGGUGCGAUGGUUGAGUCCCCAGGGAGGUGUUUAUUCUGGACGACCGCUUUGUUUGUUCGCCAGCGUUCUUCUGGAUCUCCGAUGAGAUUCUCGGAUAGUUCAAGUUCAUGUAUUAGGUAUAGCCCUGUGAGCCAUUCGGCUCUUGAAUCGGGUGCAACCGCAACAAACAAAAAAACAAAAACAUGAACAAAAAACAUCUUAAAGUGAAUAUGUGACUAAGUUCAAACAGAAAUACAAGAAAAGACAGCAAAAUAUUGCAGAAAAAAUCACCGUACACCAACGCUGUGUGCAAAAAUCCCAGUGGGAUGCAAGGCAAACAACCAACAACAACCACAAGACAACUUAGAUUAAGGCCAUCAGUCUAACUCUGUACUACAACAAACAAACAUGGCUAAACCAAUAUACGUUUCGAAAUCACCAAAAUAAAGCCAUGAAAUCAAUGAAACAGUGAUCAUAGGAACUGUGACGGAAUUUUCACAAUAAAUGGCAUAAACAGCAUGUAUUACCAAAACCCUGCAGCCAUAGCUGGCUGCAUGAGUCACUCCACAACAGCAGGAGCAUCAAUCGGAGUAUUAUAAUUUUUCAAUGCACCUUUAAGAUCAUGGUGACUGCAGCGCAGUGCCCAGAAAGGGGAUCGGGCCUUGAGUCAGCGGUGACGAACAUUGUUGAUGUCUCGCUUUUCGUUUGCAAGAAAUCGUAUAAAUGUCUUGGCAGUUUGCAAGCGGAGCGUUGUAUCGCUGUGACGAUGACUCCUUCGUAUUUACGAAUCGGGCAUUGAGUCAUUACAUGUUCCAUGGUCUGUUCUGCGCGACCACAAGUCGCGCUCUGAUGGGAUAUUUUUUUUUCUUUUUCCACGUUUUGCAUCAUCAGGUAUCCGCAUCUGCUGCUGCUGCCAUAUUUUGUAGCGGUGUCGGGUUUCUGCCCAUACGCUUCGUGAAAGAUCAAAGGCAGAGACCCGCGUAAGUCGAGAUGUCUUCUCAAGAACCUGGACUCUCUCGAUUGGGUUACGGUUAAUUUGGGCCAAAUACGAGGAUCGCAUUUGAAUAACAAUCAAGCUCAUCUGUGGUUGUCAAGACUAAUGGUGAUCAUGAUUGUUACGUAAUGUAUAUCGUAUGUACGAAGAGACAUGGCAGAUUUAACCAGGACCUUCAAACCUCCCAUGAACUCUAUUAAACAUUAACAAGCGUGGGGAGCCGAAACCAAAAAAAUAACUACUUGUAAUUUUUGUUAUCGGCACAUACAAAAUGUAAUUUAUCUUCAAUUAAAUUAUAGGACACGCGGUGUACUGUACACGUAACCCGCAGCUGUGCGUGUGCCCAUGUUGAAUUCGCUAUGUUAAAUAAAGAAAUAAACAUUUUAUUGCUUUCUUGAGCACAACAUCA